AUUGAGGAAAUGGAGGGAGCCUCUCAGUCAUUAAUCCAUUAGUAGGCUACUAAAGAUUCUGUACUCCUCCCUCACACACACAGCGCUCCCGUUCGUUUUUUCCAUCAUGGCUCCCUCAGCAGACAGACUGGGAUAUUGGGGGCGACCAACCUCAACGCUGGAUUGGUGUGAGGAGAAUUAUGUCGUCUCUUUCUACAUCGCAGAAUUCUGGAACACUGUCAGUAACCUGAUUAUGAUCCUGCCUCCUAUCUACGGUGCCAUCCAGACGUAUAAAGACGGCCUAGAGUACCGCUACGUCUACUCCUUCCUUGGACUGGCAGCUGUUGGCAUUGGUUCCUGGUGCUUCCAUAUGACGCUGCAAUAUGAGAUGCAGUUGCUGGAUGAGCUGCCAAUGAUCUACAGCACCUGUGUCUUUGUCUACUGUCUAUAUGAAUGCUUCAAGCAAAAAAACACUCUGGGUGUAUUCCCUAUCAUGUUGUUAUUCAUCUUCAGUGUCUCAGUCAGUGUGGUGUACUUACAAUGGAAAGAGCCAGUCUUUCACCAGGUCAUGUAUGGUGCACUUGUAGCAUGCUUGGUGAUGCGCUCUAUCUUCAUAGUUACAUGGGUGUAUCCCUGGCUCAAACCUGUGUGUUACAUCUCCCUGAGUGUCUUUUUGCUGGGGUUCCUGUUGUGGAACAUUGAUAAUCUGGCCUGUGACUCACUCAGAUCCACCAGACAGAGACUGCCCCCUGCUGUUGGGGCGGUGACACAGUUCCAUGCCUGGUGGCACAUCCUCACAGGCCUGGGCUCCUACCUACACAUACUCUUCAGCCUCCAGAUAAGGUCAACCUUUCUCAAACACAGACCAAAAGUAAAGUUCCUAUGUGGAGUGUGGCCCAUGUUGCACAUUGAGGCACAAAAGACUAGCUGAGUGACAGGGGACCAUGAAGGAUGGUGACUGCCAUUUAACAGGCAUCAGCACAGAGACCUGACCUGCCAGUCUGCCAACCUGACCUGACCUGCCAGUCUGCCAACCUGACCUGACCUGCCAGUCUGCCAACCUGACCUGACCUGCCAGUCUGCUGUCUAUGGGACAUAUGCACCCCACUACCAGAGGGCAGGCAGGCUACACCCCAACCUACCACUCCGGGGACCUUUGGUUCUGCACUGUGACGAUUUGCCAAGUACAGUAUAGCAUUGAGAGUUUACAUGGAAUUAUAUGAUUUUUCUCUUUCAUCUAUCACAAUAUAGUAGAUUAUUAGAUUUUGGUGGUGAUGUUGUAGUGACAUUUUGUUUAAAUUUCCUGGAAUAUGGAUACCGCAAAAAUAUAUAUAUAUAUAAAUCAUACUGGUGUAUCUAUUAUAACAUUCAAUAUAACACCUUAGCAUAUUCACAAACCAUAAUAACGUCAGGUUGUCGGCAUUAUCUGGCUGUAUGUCAUGGUUGUGUUUAGACCAGGGAACUGUUUGUUACCCAUCCAUCCUCCUCUGAGGGAAUCUAGAUGAUGCAGUGUGUUGGUCACAGACGGGACUGAAACAGAGACACAGGAAAAGGUUUAAUAUCAAUUAUCUUGUCCAUUUCUGUCCUCUGCAAGGGAUUGGUCACACAGGAAAACUGACUUCAAUUGGAUAUAUAUUUGAUGUAUGCCAAGUGUGGAUCUGCAUUGCAAAAUCUGAAGUUGCUCUGAGAUUGUGUUUUUGAUGAUUUACUUUAAUAUUAUUAACAAAUCAAAGGGAUGUGAUACAAUUUCAUCUAAGGAUUGUUCCACUGCACAAAAUUCAGUACCAUUUAUAUCAUAGUGGGAAUUCCACAGGGUCAUUAUUUUCAUGUGUAGUAUUACAAAAAAAGUGCAUUUCACAACGCAAGUUAUCAUAAAGGUUUACCGAAAAUACAUACACUACCGUUUAAAAGUUUGGGGUCAUUAAGAAAUGUCCUUGUUUUUGAAAGGAAAGCACAUUUUUUGUCCAUUAAAAUAACAUCAAAUUGAUCAGAAAUACAGUGUAGACAUUGUUAAUGUUGUAAAUUACUAUUGUAGCUGGAAACAGCAGAUUUUUUAUGGAAUAUACAUAGGCGUACAGAGGCCCAUUAUCAGCAACCAUCACUCCUGUGUUCCAAUGGCACGUUGUGUUAGCUAAUCUAAUUUUAAAAAGGCUAAUUGAUCAUUAGAAAACGAUUUUGCAAUUAUGUUAGCACAGCUGAAAACUGUUGUCCUGAUUAAAGAAGCAAUACAACUGGCCUUUUUUAGACUAGUUGAGUAUCUGGAGCAUCAGCAUUUGUGGGUUCAAUUACAGGCUCAAAAUGGCCAGAAACAAAGAACUUUCUUCUGAAACUCGUUAGUCUAUUCUUGUUCUGAGAAAUGAAGGCUAUUCCAUGUGAGAAAUUGCCAGGAAACUGAAGAUCUCGUACAACGCUGUGUACUACUCCCUUCACAGAACAGUGCAAACUGGCUCUAACCAGAAUAGAAAGAGUAAUGGGAGGCCCUGGUGCACAACUGAGCAAGAGGACAAGUACAUUAGAGUGUCUAGUUUGAGAAACAGAUGCCUCACAAGUCCUCAACUGGCAGCUUCAUUAAAUAGUACCCGCAAACAACAGUCUCAACAUCGACAGUGAAGAGGCGAUUAUGGGAUGCUGGCCUUCUAGGCAGAGUUGCAAAGAAAAAGCCAUAUCUCAGACUGGCCAAUAAAAAUAAAAGACUAAGAUGGGCAAAGGAACACAGACACUGGACAGAGGACAGAGGAACUACACAGAUAUGUCUACACUGUAGAUCAAUUUGAUGUUAUUUUAAUCGACAAAAAAUUAUAUUUUCUUUCAGAAACAAGGACAUUUGUAAGUGACGCAAAACUUUUGAAUGGUAGUGUAUAUCUGCACAAGCUUUGGUGUUGCUAUCAAAGCAAGGAAUGAGGGAUGAGAAAAUAGUGUUUUCACUGACCCUGACUAAAUAAUUUGGAGUGGUUUGUUUUUGGAUGGAUUUGUCAAUUGAUAUCUAUACUUUGUCUUAGCAAUGAAUACAGGCAUCUGCAUGUCUGCAACAUUUAAAUUAUAUGAUCAAUGAUCAUAUUAUCAUCAUUUAAAUUACACACAUUUGCCUGAAGGAUGACACUUUUGAACCUGUUAGGAUCUACUGUACAGUUCAGUUCAUGCAUAUCUUUUCUAAUGGCCACUAGAUGGCAUGGAUUGCCAUAUUUCAGUUUCAGGUUAUGUUCAUUUGCCAAAGGAUCCUGUCCUGUGAAAGGUUUGCCUGCUAAACACCCUCCAGGUGUAUUUGUUUAACUCUUACGGGUCACAAAUGUAAACAUAUUGGGGAAAUACUGUAGCGUAUCAUGCAGCAUUUUGGGGAUGUGGCUAUGUGAAACUUCAUGUGACUUUGAUCUUCAAAUGUGAAAAUGUAAUGUACUUAUGUAUGGGAAUAAUAUACUGUAUUAUUCUCUUAAGUAAUGGAACAACACAGAUAUGAAGUGGAUACAGAGUGUGAUACAAGAACCCAUGAACCUUAUGGAGUACCUGAACUGCUACAUGCUCAGAUAUUGUGACACAUGCAUAUCACUGUUUUAAUUAGGGUUACAUUCGCAUGGUUUUUGUUCUCAAACCUCAGAUUAGGUUACAAUAAGGUUUAUAUGUUCAGCAGCACCAUAUGAAGGAGAGAUAAGUAGUCAUUUAGAAAUUACAAUGUAUUUAAUGACCUUAAAUCACUGCUUGUAAAAGUUGGAAGGUGGAUGGUUAUUACUGAUAAGGGCGACUUGUUUCUAGUGACCUUGAUGUUCACGAUCAAUCUAAACUGCUUAAAUAAAAUCACUUGUGUGUUUUAGGAA